ACACCGUCUCGGCGACCAGUCGUUGGAUCUCGCUUCGUUGGGAAAUGUCUGCUUUGAUCGCGUGGAAUCGUGGUUCACUGGAUGAUGUGUUGUAGGUCGCGGGGAUGGCCGAGGCUUCUUUGAUCACUUGUUCGGCCUUUUCUGGUCUUGAGUGGUAGUUCACUACGACGCGGAAGUGUGAGGCCAGCGCUUUGACUGUGGCGGCGCCGAGGCCGGCGCUGGAAGCGGUGACGAGAGCGACUUUGGUUGUCAUGGUGGAUGGAUAGAAAGAUAGAGCUGGGAGACGAAGAUUGGAAAACGGAGUAUCAGGGUAUCGACGACGACGGGUUGGCUUGACGGGACAAGUUAUAAGACAGGCGAGACGCUUUUUAAAUAUGUUGCUGCUGUUGCUGCUGCCGCUGAUCGGAAGCAAAGCGUGUCUGAGGCACCUAUGAAAAGGGAGACGAAGAGCGAUACUGACGUGCUUCUCCGCAGUCACGAAUGGUUGAGGGCUUCAACCGGCGGAACGUUUCCGAACAUUGUUUCCGCCCGGCGAAAGACGAAACAAAAGCUGCGCUGCGGGGAGAACAGGGAACAACUUGAACACGCGGGGCAACACUGCACGGGAUGCCGAAGAUAAGAUAAGAUGCCGCCUUGUCACCUGCCCAAUCUUGCAUCGCCAUUUUCAGUGGUCAUCAUCAGGAAUUCAAGGGAGCAUAGGUAUCUCCCUCCUUGUUGCUCCAUUAGAGACGACACGACAUGAGUGACAUGCGUCGACUUUCCAAUAUGAAUGGUCUCUGGAACUCAUCGUCUCACUGCCUCCGGGUGCACCCCGUACUGCCACUGCAUAAGGUAUCUUACAGAUCUGGUACCUGACAGAUCGAAUCGGGAGGUCAUGACGUCGUCGAGCCCGUGCAAUGGUCAUGGACCAACCGCACCUCAGAGAUAGAGACAACAGAUUGCGGUAUAAGAUCUCGGUUGAUCGUUUCGCUUCGGUCUGUCAGGGGACUUGGGAAAGUCUUAAAAGUCUUAACUUUGUCGUUUUCUGCUUAAUCCAAGGAAAACAGCUCCUUCAUUCAACGAGAGACCGAGCGAGCCACGUUGCGCCAUGUCGCAGAAACCGCUCGCCCCUAAGGAUGGUGGCAGGAAGAGGAAGAAAGUUCUCAUCGUCGGGGCCGGGGCUGCAGGCAUGUCGACAGCCUACCACCUCUCCCAGAAACGCGACGAGUUCGACAUCACCUUGAUCGAUGCGGUCGACUACUGCGGCGGACAGGCGUUCGCCAUGCCUCUGGACAAGGACCGCCAUGGAGCGAGUUGGUUCAAUCAGGGCGUCCAGGGCGGCAGCUACAUAUUCCACCACACCAUGACCAUGUUUGCACGGCAAGGAUACCACGCCGACCCGGUCAACCUGCAAGUAUCGUUCGGCAAGAACGAAACGUUUUGGACCAACGUGUUUCCGACGGACCUGAUUGCGCGACACCAAAGAGAAGUGAAACGGUUUGUAUUCGCAAUGCGGGUGAUGCGCUGGUUCGAGUUUUUAUUCGCUUUGAUGCCCAUGCAUCUGUUCUUCAAGCUGUGGUUCUUCUCGGAAGAGUUUACACACACCGUAGCACUGCCCAUGGUGGCUUUGUUUCUGGGAACGGGCAACGAAGCGCCCAAUGUGCCUACCAUCAUGCUCGAGCGGCUCUGCACCAGUCCAACAUACGGGAUGUGGUACCCCCUUGACAAAGUCAGCAUCGCAAGCAACCAACCUCCCAUGGUGGUUUUUCCCAACUUCAGCGAGUUCUACGAGUCAUGGCGCAAAGAUCUGGUCUCUCGCGGCGUGAAUGUCCGCCUAUCCACCGAACUCGUUGCCGUGUUGGCUCGUGACAAGACCAACGGCGUCAUUGUAUCGCUCAAAAACCGCACACCAGCACCCGACAGACACAACCCAGCCAACGGCGACCCGGACGCCCCGACCUAUGAAGAACACUACGACGAGCUUGUUCUGUGCUGUCUCGCAGACACAGCCAAACGACUUCUCUCCCGCACCUCGACAUGGCGCGAACGACAAGUUCUGGGCAGCGCCAAAUUCUCCGACGAUAUCACCAUCACCCACACCGACUCUGACUACAUGAAGAAACACUACCAGAACUUCUACGACGAGACCCUAGCUGUCAAAUCUUUGUCAAAUGUCGACCAGUCCGCCCGAUGCGAGUGGGCUCGGUCCAAUUUCCGUCCAAUGUACUACAUCAAAAUGUACGGCGAGGACAAAUCCAAGCUGGAAAUGUGCUUCGACACCACAAACUACCAAGCCCAGUUUCCCGACAAGGUCCCCUUUGAAGACCAUGUCUUUCAAACAAUCUACCUCAACAAACAUCGCGACGGGCAUCUGUGGACGGACCACGAAAUCGACGACACAAAAGUCAUCCGCAAGGAUUGGUGGCAUCAGCUGUGUCACAGCUACACCCAUUACCUGUUCGUUGUCCCCUGGAUGAUGUUUCUCCAGGGCCAACGCCGUGUACGGUUCGCCGCCGCCUGGACUCUCGUCAAUGCCCACGAGGUCGCCAUCAUUUCGGGCAUUGCGGCUGCUGUCGAUCUAGGCGCAGAGUAUCCCGAGGACCUGGAGAAUGACAAGUUUGCCUUUCUUUCCUUUCGUUUGUAUUACUUGCUGGCUUAUGGGAAGUGGUAUCGACGCCGGUAUACCGCUACCACCAAAAACAAGAAGCACGAAAGUGAGCAGGCCAAAGCAGGCAAGUCUUGGGCGACUGGGCUGUAUGGUAGUGUCUACCGUGGGCCCGGUGUCGCUCAGGAAGAACGGACUACGUGGAGAGAGGAAAUGAAAAUCGGUAGAAGCACUGGAAACCUGGCAGAUGGGAAUCAUAAUCCCGGGGGACGAAGCCAGCCUUGACAUGGAGUGCAGUGCACUAUGAGGUGAAAUGAAAAUCCAGCCAGGCAUCUGUGCAUCGCGAACAACUGAAACAUGCCAUGCCACUCAGCUAGCUGGUAGCCCCAGUCCCGAUCCGUUCCCUCAAUCAAGUAUGUAUCUCGUUGCGGCGGGCUCAGGCUCCGACUAAUUAGGUUCUCGACUCCCGAAAUCCCGCGAGGUUUUGUGGCGAUUGUUGGGGAUGAUUCGGUGCAUGUGUAAUGUAUGUGUAUCGAACUCGAGGGAGGGCGCCCGUCUGUGAAGUCGAUGGGUGUAUAUCGUGAAUUACACAGUAUAUUUUGUACUUGGUGCUCAAGUAAGUCUGGCCUCGGAGUUUCAAGGAUGAGCAUUUGCUGUACAUUACUAUUGCUUAGUCUACAAGCAUUAUGAAUCAUAGACUUGGAAUCGCCGUGGAAGGGAUUCAAGAUCUGAAGCUUCGAAUACAACGGACAAGAAUGCACCUUUUAUUCGUGGUCAUCUAUUCAUCAGUGGUGUCACCGGCGUACAGGCAGGCGGCUGAUCUACUGC